ACAGCAGCAAAUAGCAAUCAAACAAACGAAUAUGGAUACUUCUAGUUUUGAUGAAUCUGAUAAUUUAGAUUCAUUAACUGGAAAUGGAAUCAUUGAAACAAACAAUAAUAGUUCAUCGAAUAGCUCAAGUAGUAGCAAUAAUAUCGUUUAUAAGCUAUUUAAUAGGGAGAUAUAUGGCAGUACCUCAAGAAAAACAAAUGACAAAUCUCGCAAGAUAUUUGAUAAAAUACCAGCAAGGCUUCGCUUCUGUCUCAUGGACAUUGUCCCUAUCCAGUAUUUAAGGGAGCAUGUGUUUAUGGGUUUCUCACAGUGUGGCCAGUACCUGUUAAGCUUUACUUAUAGUUGUAAUACCCAAGUAUAUUUUAGAGAAAGUUCCAAAUUCACUCUCCAUUUCCUAUCGUGGGUGCCGGGGAGAGUGGUUCGCCCAGUUCACAGUGUACCACUAUUUGGUGAUGACUGCGUUGAUAGUAAAGUUACCAUAUCCAUAGCGCAGUGGAAACACAAUCCAGGCGUGCUGGUUGUCUAUGGUAUAUCGGAUUCAUGUUCAGAACGAUCCUACCUCAGUGUUAUUGGAGUACCUCGCUUAGGAUGUAGAAAAUGUUCAGCUAUUUCAAGAGAGGAAGAUGAUACAGAUUUAAGUUGGAGUAAACGUUGUCUGGAGCACAGUUUCGCGAUACACACUCGUUUCUUUUGUACGUCGGACUCUAGCAUGUACGAACCGGUCGUCCAAUUAGCGUAUUCGAAUCAAAUUAUUAUAUACACAGACUUCAUACACAUACUAGAAAUAGAUUUCGUGAAGCCGGACGCGGAGAGGACCUACCCGCCGGAAGAUACUAGUCUGCUCGACAGCGAAGACAUAAAAGUAGUGGACGCAGUUCCCAGUACUCCAGCAUCGGACGUAUCCGCCUUCCAGUCCCCCAAGUACCAAAACAACGUCGUGCAGAACAUUCUAGCUGACUUCUCAGACUUUGAAGUCGAACCCUACCAGAUGUCCCGACCGGUACAUUUACCUGACGUUAUUGGGCAGGAGCUAUGCAUCCAAGCCUCUUCGAUAUCACAUAAUUUGAUAGAAGAAUGGGAGGGACCCUCCCCAUCCAUCAGAACGUUGAUCAGCCCGCCUUUGAGGUCCCCCCGAAGGAGACCGGCGGAGAGCAUGUCCAGGUUUAAUGAAACGCAUAGAACGAUAGCGGAAAAAGCCUACGAGUUCGUAGAAGAGGCGGAGACCAAGUGUGAGAAACUCAGUAUGUUCAGAAAGAGACGGUUAGCUGAUAAGAAAUACGAAUUCUCAGAGGAUAAUAACGAAAACAUUGUUCCUUUUAGAGUUUUAAGAAGCAACAGGAAAUAUUACACAGGGUCCACUAGUAAGAGUCAAAGCAAGCGGGCCAAGUCGCCGCCCGUGGAGAGCGUGGUGCUCAGGGCGCACAACCAGAUUAGUAGACCUCCCUCCCCCACCACCAGUAUUGACAAGAGUUCAGAACUCACCUCCUUAGAAUCGGAUAGGAAUAGCGAAUCGGAAUAUAGAGUCAUGGAAAUGUUAGACGACGGCUCGCUCAAGACGGUCUCCGUGCACGACAGCACGUCCAAGACCUUGUCCGACUGCCCCGUCAGCCCGCAGGAUCCUUACCUGGUACAUUCAGGGAAUUCCAAAUGCAGCAAGUUCUUCACUCGCUACUUCCUCGAGAGCGACGACGAGAUCACAUCCAUCAUAACGGAUUCGGAAGACGAUUGCAUCUCAGGUUACCAUGUGGCGUUGCCCCUGUGCGGUCAAGGGUCCGGCCAGGCGCUCCAAGCCGUGGGCGCCGGCGCCUGGGAGAAACGCACCAGCGACAAGCUCACGCUGAGAGCUCGCCAACGAUCGCUCGAUACAGAGCUGCUCUGCAACGAGGUGUGCGGCCGGCUUUGUCAGCUGAAAGGGAAGAAGUUCAUAUACUGCUUCGACUGGGGCUGCCAUGUCAUAGACGUCUGUCAUUCCAGUGGAUGUCUCUCGGGGUUAUGCGCUAUGUGGUUGUGGGCGAGCGAGGACGCUUCUUGUGGACAGUGCGCCGCCUGUGACGACGCCGCCGCCGCCUGUCUGCAGCACAGAGGACAGUACUCUGCUGAGUGUCUGUUCGUAUGGGACCUGGUGACGGGUGUCUAUAGAACGGAGAAGGUGUCCAUGACCGAGGAUUCCUGUCACGAGGGUAUCAGAGCGUCAGGUGUGGAGCGAGCGCGGGCGAGGGCGGCUGCUCUCGGCGCCGUAGCUGGUCCUCAUCACCACCCUCGGCUGCUCUCAACACUUACCGGUAACGGUAAAUCCCUUAAGAGACUGACAGAUGUAGACAACUGUGUAGAAAUAACGAAGAACCACCCAGACAGUUCGGAGUCCGAGUCCGAGACGUCAGAUAACGACAGUGACUACGAUUGAAAAUGAACAUGCAUUAAAUAUAUAAUAUGUAAAAACUCAUUAUACGUUUACUGUGUUAGUUAGAGGUAAUGAACGUUUCGUAUGUACCUACGUCAUAGCUCUCACGUACACCUGCUGGCUGCUAGAGAUCUGCAUGUCCUAGUAAUAACUAUGGACAGUACGAAUCUAUUGAAUAGGAGUCACUAAUGAUAUUAUAUCGAAAUACUUAACAUUACACUUAUAUGUUCGGAGAAAUCAAUUUGAAUGUUGUCUCUUUUAAUGUAACUAAAGAAAAUCACACUUAUACAUUACAGUUAACACUUUCUAGUCUAUUCCUUUCUUUAAUGUAUGUAGAAAUUUUACUCGGAAAACUUCCAUUAAAUUUAUUAUUUUAGUUAAACUAACUCUUAUCAAUGGUAGGCUAUUGAGAUGUUGUCUUACUUACGCUCUACAUUCACAGAACAACACAAAUAACAAAAUAAAUUGACAACUGUGUUGGUACUGAAAUACAGUAUGAGAGGAAAUGCAAUGUUAUAAAAUUGAGGGUAGAUUGAUAGCUCAUUGUAUGGUUGUGAUAAAAAAAACAUUAGGGGUUGUUUUAAGCAAAGUGCCUGAACAGUUUUUAUUUGAUUGCCAUUCGAUGUAAAAUAGUUCCCAAAACAAACAGCAAAUUAAUUUUCUGAUAUUAAUUUAAAUUCUCUUGGCUCUGUAUAUAAUACAUUUUAUACGUAAUAUUUGUAGUAUAUUGAAGUAAGUUUAUUAUGACUGGAUUUCUAUUUAGGGAUACUUUGAAACAUUGCUGUCUUAAGCUGAACCAAGCCGAGUUGUCAAAAAUGUUUAUUUUUUUAUAAAUUAUUCCACUGUUAUCUGAAUGCGCCGGGUUGAUAGUGUCACAAAGAAAUGCAUUUAAUUCAUUAGUAAUCAGUAUAUUACUAAAUAUUUAUAAACUUGCCAUAAGUAUGUCUUUCAUACAUAGAUGUAAACUGAAACAAUAAAAUGAUAAACAUUUCAGUA